CUCGCCGACGACGCCAUGGGCAUCAAGGGUUUGACGAAGCUGCUGGCGGAGCACGCGCCGAGGGCAGCGACGUUGCGGCGGGUGGAGGACUACCGGGGCCGCGUCAUUGCCAUCGACGCCAGCCUCAGCAUCUACCAGUUCCUGGUCGUGGUUGGAAGGAAAGGAACAGAGGUUCUGACCAAUGAGGCUGGUGAAGUCACAAGGCAAGAAAAAAGCAAUUUUAAGAUAUUGUCUGCCCAUCAAAAUUCUCGUCUGAUUGGUCAUGAGCCCAUGAUGUUCAUUAGCUCAUUUGAACUUUCAUCCUUAAAUCGCAGUCAUCUGCAAGGCAUGUUGAACCGGACCGUGAGAUUGCUAGAAGCAGGAAUAAAACCUGUGUUUGUGUUUGAUGGCGAGCCACCUGAUCUGAAGAAAAAGGAACUGGCCAAAAGGUCUUUGAAGAGGGAUGAUGCUUCGAAAGAUCUUCAUAGUGCUAUUGAGGUUGGAGACGAAGAUUCAAUUGAAAAAUUGAGCAAAAGGACUGUGAAGAUGACGAAAAAACACAAUGACGACUGUAAGAGGCUGUUAGGAUUGAUGGGUGUCCCUGUAGUUGAGGCACCAGGUGAAGCAGAAGCACAGUGUGCAUCACUUUGUGAGAACCAUAAGGCAUAUGCUGUUGCUUCAGAGGAUAUGGACUCAUUGACUUUUGGUGCUCGAAGAUUUCUUCGCCAUGUAACUGACCUUAGUUUCAAAAAGUCUCCUGUAACAGAGUUUGAAAUGUCAAAGGUUUUGGAGGAACUUGGACUCACAAUGGAUCAGUUCAUCGACUUAUGUAUCCUUAGUGGAUGUGACUACUGCGAGAAUAUUAAAGGUAUUGGGGGACAAAGAGCCUUGAAACUAAUACGUGAGUAUGGUUGCAUAGAAGAAGUUGUGCCAAAUCUUAACAAGAGGUACAUUGUUCCAGAAGAUUGGCCUUAUCAGGAAGUACGGACUCUGUUUAAGAAACCGAACGUUACUACAGAAAUUCCAGAUUUCCAGUGGACCUCAGCAGACAAAGAGGGCCUUGUGAACUUCCUGGCACUUGAAAACAGUUUCAGUUCUGAUCGAGUAGAGAAGGCGGUAGAAAAGAUAAAGGCUUCUAGGGAUAGAUAUUCCCCAGGGCGAGUGAAGCUUUUGACACCAGUAGCAGAUCUACAAGGAUCUACUACAGAAAAGGAAUCCAAGUGCGUUAUAGGUGCUUCAGGACACGGUCUGAAGAGCAGGUCUGCUCUACAAGUGUGCAGGAGCUCAAGCUCUGAUUUCAGAUACGGUAGUUCUAGUUCAAAACCAUUGGUGCUGGGAAGGCAAUCAGGAUUUCGUGCGAUGCCUCAUGCCUUCUCUUUCAUCUAAAUCUGGAAAUUGCUGGUUCUCAAGAUUACUGGGCGAAGCACCAAGUUACAGGAAGAAUGGAUGAACACUUGGAAUGUGUUAAGCAUAUGCUUUGAUUGUAAUUUAGGCUUAUGUCUUGUAAUCUGGAAAAUGAAAUUCAAUGCUUCAGCUUACUCAUAUCUAACACUUCUUCGUACUGGAAUGUCCCGUGGUGAACAGAAAAUGUUUGAUCGCCUUUCGUUAUCAAUGCUCAUAACUAUACAUAUCUCC